AUGAUUCCCGCACAACCAUUCUCUACAAUUCCCUUAACUUCAAAUCCACAUCAACCAUUCGUUGUCAAUCACCUACCACCAAGCCCGGGUUGGCCAAGCCAAGGAGCAGGCCCUUCCACAGCAAAUUGGGGUCAUGUCUCACCUGCACCUGGACGAAACCCAUGGCAAGAUCCCAAUCAAUUAGGCCAAGUCGCUGAAUUGCCGAUGGGUGCAAUGCCAACAGGAACAUGGGCUGGUCCUCCCCAAGGCGGUGGAACACCCGAUGAUUUUGGGAAACAAUUCUGGCAACAAGACCCUUCAAUGAUGGAAGCACCACAACCGUUCCAAGUCCCACCCAUGCAUCCACAAAUGGCCGGCGUGAAUGGCAUGGUCGAUGGAAUGGGUGGAGAUUUCAUGAGAGGACCGGAACCAAUGUGGGAUAUGACAGGACAACAACCAAUGAAACAAGAAGAAUUAUGGAAACAACAGCAAGGAGGACAAUGGAUGCCAAAUGGUAGAGGAUGGCCACCGCAAGGACAUCAAAUGCAUCUAAGACAAGGACCUCCACCAAUGAGAGGGCCACCAAUGAACGGACUGCCCGGUAACGGCUGGCCACCACAAGGAAUGAUGCCUGGACCAGGAAUGACUCCGCCACAAGGAAUGGGCUGGACACCACAACCUGGACCUCCACAAGGACCUCCUGGAGGUGGAGGAAGGGGUGGAAUGCAACCAAGACCACCCGGUGGACCACAAAACAGACGCUAUCCUGAUGUAUCCGUCCCACCACCCAUCGAUAUUCCAUUCCACGGUCAAAUGGGUAUGCGAGGCGGUCCACCACCGAAUAACCCACCAAUGUGGAAAGAACCAGUGCCCGGAAGUGGCGGAAUGAGAAAUCCCCAAUUCACUCCCGAUAACCAAUUCCAAAUGCCGCAAGAGUUCGGGAGUCCAUUCGGUGGAAGUGGAAAACCCCAAGGUGGAAUUGGACAAUUUGUCGCAGGACAACCUGGUAGUGGAGGACCUCCACCAACAGAUGAUCUGAUGUGGCAUGAUCCAAAUGGUGAAUUGAAGAAAUGGCAAAGGGAUACGGGCGUCAACAUCUGGGGAGAUCCCGAUAAAGCAUCUCAACGAGCGGUGAAAUUGUGGAAAGUAGAGGAAGGAACAGAAGAAGACUAUGAAAUGGCUCUACAAAAAUGUCCAGUGCCCAGAAAAACGGACAACGAUUCUCCAAGAAUAUCAUCGGCUGGCGCUCAAGCAAAACGAACAAUUGUCCCAACGGGAUGGGGAGAUCUUCCGGAUAAUGAUCCAAACAAAAAGACCGAUGAUCACCAAUGGGCUGAAAACCUUGGAUUGGGAUCAUCUCAUCAAUCAGGGCAAUCUGGAGAGCCACAAAAUAACUGGAGUACCUUUAUUCCUCAACAACCAUUCUCUGCUGAUCCAACAUGGUCCAUUGGGGCAAAUGGUCCAUCUGGUGGCCAUAUCGAAAACAUCGCCGAGAAGUUGAGGGUAGCAGUUGAAAAAGGGUUCCUCGAUCUCUCUAACCUACAACUCAAACAACUUCCACCAGCAGUUUUGCCCCAAAUCAACAGUUUGCUCACAAAAUUGCCUGAGUUUGAGAUGGUUGAGAAAGAAAUGGGAGAUCUUAUUGAAGGAAGUCGACCUGAAGGGCAAGAUGUUCCACCAAAUAGUCCAAAGCAUUUUAUGUCCGAAAUGCAGAAGAUGGAAUACGAUCGUUUGAUGAUCCAGGUGACCACCCUGAAAAUCGAAUUGGGCGAAAUGAGCAAAAAGAUCCGACGACAAUUGAAUGAUUCGGGAAUUCAGCCAGCAGUCGAACAACAAUUUGGCUCCGAACCCUAUUAUCCUUUCCUUGAUGAAAGUCAU